GGGAGCAUCGCGAGCAGCGGGGACGCCGGGGCGGGGAGAGCCCGGUCCCCUCCCCGCCGGGCCGGGCGGGAGGCGGGCUCGGCGAAGACGCCCCAGGCUGGUGGCAGCCCGGGCCAGUGGCCGCCUGGGCGGGGGACAUGGGGGGCUCGGGGCUGGCCAAGCGCCUGGGGACGCUGCUGUCGGGGCUGCUGGAGUGCGGCGCCUUCUGCGGCAUCAUCUUCGGCUGGGCCUCCCUCGUCUUCGUCCUCAAGGACCUGGGAUACUUCGAGGGGCUGUGCCAGCCCUCCGCCACUCCCAGCCCCAACCUCACCCUGGGGUCUGACUGCAGCGGGCAGGAUGAGCAGUUCUCCCUGGUCUUCACCAUCGGCUCCUUCAUGAACAACUUCAUGACCUUCCCCAUGGGCGUCGUCUUCGACCGCUUUGGCACCACAGCGGCGCGCCUCAUCGCCAUCUCCCUCUACACUGGCGGGACCCUGCUCGUCGCCUUCUCCACCCCAGAGACGGCGGUGCUGCUCUUCCCAGCCAUGUCCAUGCUGUCGGUGGGUGGCAUCCUCCUCAUCCUCACCAACAUGCAGGUGGGCAACCUGUUCGGGAACUACCGCUCCAUCAUCAUCACCCUCUACAACGGGGCCUUCGACUCCUCCUCCGCCAUCUUCCUCAUCGUCAAGCUGCUGUACGAGCGUGGGCUGUCCCUGCGGGCCAUGUUCCUCUUCCUGGCAGCCUGCAGUGCCUGGCACCUCCUGCGCACCCUCUUCCUGAUGCCGCGCACCCGCAUCCCCUACCCGCUGCCCCCCGACUACCAUUACGGGCUGCGGUGCCGGGGCCGAUCCCGCUCCUACCGAGCCCACAAGGACAAGCAGCCCCCGGGAGAGGCCGGACCCGAGGAAACACCCCUGGAACCCGCCAUAGCUCGAGGUGGGGACGGCCCCGGGACGCCGUUCCGGGCCUGCGCCUGCUCCUGGCUCUUCGCCUGGCAUGUGGCCUGGCUCUCGGUGAUGCAGCUGCGCCAUUACCUGUUCAUCGGCACCCUCAACCCGCAGCUGGAGCACCUGGCGCGGGGGGACCACGCCCUGGUGAGCACCUACACCAACGCCUUCGCCUUCACCCAGCUCUGCGGGGUGCUCUGUGCCCCCUGGAACGGCCUCAUCCUGGACCGGCACAAGCGGGGAAAGGGGCCCCACCCUGAGGGGGUCCUGGCCGCGCUGGCAGACCUGCGCUCGGCGGUGCUGUCGCUGGUGGUGACGGUGGCGCAGUGCCUGCUCUUCUCCGUGUUUGCCGCCGUGCCCGUGCUGCCCGUGCAGUUCGGCACCUUCGCGCUGCAGGUCAUCAGCCGCUCCUUCCUGUACGGCGGCAACGCCGCCUUCCUGGCCAUCGCGUUCCCCCCGCAGCACUUUGGGAAGCUCUACGGGCUGGCCAUGGCACUGUCGGCGGUGGUGGCCCUGCUGCAGUACCCCUGUGUUGCCCUGGUGCAGGGGCCGCUCCAAGGGGACCCCUUCUAUAUGAACGUGGGGCUCAUUGCCGUGGUGCUGGUGGCCUUUGUCAGCCCUGUGGUAGUGGCCCGCGAGUGCCAGCGGCGAGCCAAGGAGCUGGGGAUGGCUGGUGCCCCCCUGGCAGCCCCCUCCAGUGCUGAGAUCCACGCUGAGACCCCACACUGAUCCCCACCCCCAGCACUCCAUUUUUGUACCAGCCUGAGGGUGCUGUGCCAGUGGGGUGGAGGAGUUGGGGAUAAUAAACAUCGCUGCCCCCUCCA